UUUCUGCCGCUGCUCUGAGAAUUUGUUGUGAGCAGCCCCUGAGAGGCUUUCCUUCUCUACGGCUGACGAUAUGAUCAUCUCAGUCUACUUAUUCGUCUUGCUAUGGGAAGAGGCACAAGGAUGGGGAUUUAAGAAUGGAAUCUUUCAUAACUCCAUAUGGCUUGAACAAGCAGCAGGUGUGUACCACAGAGAAGCCCGAUCUGGCAAAUACAAGCUUACCUAUGCGGAAGCUAAAGCAGUGUGUGAAUUUGAAGGCGGUCGUCUUGCCACCUACAAGCAACUGGAGGCAGCCAGGAAAAUCGGCUUUCAUGUUUGUGCUGCUGGGUGGAUGGCCAAAGGCAGAGUUGGAUACCCCAUUGUGAAGCCAGGGCCUAACUGUGGAUUUGGAAAAACUGGUAUUAUUGAUUAUGGAGUCCGUCUCAAUAGGAGUGAAAGAUGGGAUGCCUACUGCUACAACCCGCACGCAAAGGAGUGUGGUGGAGUCUUUACAGAUCCCAAGAGAAUUUUUAAAUCUCCAGGCUUCCCGAAUGAGUAUGAAGAUAACCAGAUCUGCUAUUGGCACAUUAGACUCAAGUAUGGUCAGCGUAUUCAUCUGAGCUUUUUGGACUUUGACCUUGAAGAUGACCCUGGUUGCUUGGCUGACUAUGUAGAAAUAUAUGAUAGUUAUGAUGAUGUGCAUGGCUUUGUGGGAAGGUACUGUGGAGAUGAACUUCCAGAAGAUAUCAUUAGUACAGGAAAUGUCAUGACCUUGAAAUUUUUGAGUGAUGCUUCAGUGACAGCAGGAGGUUUCCAAAUCCAGUAUGUUGCUGUGGAUCCUAUAUCCAAAUCCAGUCAAGGAAAAAAUACAAGCACAACUUCUACUGGAAAUAAAAACUUUUUAGCAGGAAGAUUUAGCCAUUUGUGAAACAAAACAAGAAUGAUCGGAAUAUACAGUGUUUAUGUUUGCAUCUUUUGAAACCCACUUGCUCUCAUUUUUAUAUUAUUAUUAUCAAAGUUUAUUUAUUAUUUUUCUAAAUGUGAAAGCAAUAAAUAACUUGGGGGAGAUUGUAAAACACAGAAAACAUUAAAUGAGAAUGUAAAAUCUCUCAUAACCCCACUGCGUAGAAACAACAAAGGUUAACAUUUUUACAUUUUUUCUUUCAGUCAUUUUUUAUUUGUGGUAUAUGUAUAUAUGUAUCUAUAUGUAUUUUUAUUUGAAAUUUUGGAAAUACUGCUCUCUGUACAGUUUUAUAUCCUUUUUUUUAAACCUUAAACUUUAUGGCUUAAGCAUUUUUCAAAAUAACUGAGUGCUCUACAUAAACAUGAUUCUGAAAAACGUCAAAUAUUUCAUGGUAUGAUUGAUCCGUACUUUAUUUAAACCUGUCUUUAUUGUUGGAAUUUUAGGUUGUUUUUCAAACAUAUCUCUGUAAUAAUAAACGUUCUUGAACACAAA